AUGGAAACUAUUUACGAAAAAACUGCAACUUCUCCAGUGAACAUAGCAGUCAUUAAAUACUGGGGAAAACGGGAUACAACUUUAAUUCUUCCAACAAAUCCUUCACUUUCUGUGACAUUAUCUCAAGAUCACUUGCAUAGUAAAACUACAAUUCGAGCUUCUUCAGAUUUUGAAAAAACUAGACUUUGGCUUAACGGCGUUGAAGAUGUUGAUAUAGAAAAAAACAAGCGAUUACAAAAUUGCUUGCGUGAAACCCGACGUUUACGUAAAGAAUAUGAAGAGAAAUUGCGUAAAGAUAAAGGCCCAGAUAAAGUCUUGCCUUUAUCAGAAUAUAAUCUUCACAUUUGUUCUGAAAAUAAUUUCCCUACAGCAGCUGGAUUAGCUUCCUCAGCAUCUGGCUUUGCAUGUUUGGUAUAUACACUUUCUCAAUUAUAUGAAUUACCAAUUUCUACCACUGAAUUAUCAAAAAUCGCAAGACAAGGUUCGGGAUCAGCUUGUCGUUCAUUAUUCGGUGGAUUCGUCGCAUGGGAAAUGGGUUCUAAAGAUGACGGAUCCGACAGCCAAGCGGUACAAAUUGCGCCGCGAGACCAUUGGCCUGAAUUAGAAGCUUUGAUUUGUAUAGUCAGCGACGCCAAAAAGGGAGUCAGUAGUACAGAAGGAAUGCAAACUACGGUCAAUACUUCUACCCUCCUUCAACAUCGCAUUGAACAUGUUGUUCCUGUUCGAAUGAAAUACAUGAUUGAUGCUAUUCAUGAACGAGAUUUUCAAAAAUUUGCUGAAAUUACCAUGCAAGAUUCUAAUCAAUUUCACGCCGUGUGUUUAGACACAUUUCCUCCAAUUUUUUAUCUUAAUGAUGUUUCUCGAGCUAUUAUUCGUAUGAUUACAGAAUAUAAUUCUACUAACUCUGAAAAAAAAUUAAAAGCUGCAUAUACUUUUGAUGCUGGGCCAAACGCUGUGAUUUACACAACUAGUGAAAACAUACCUGAGUUAAUUAAUUUGAUAGCAAAAUAUUUUCCAGGCAAUGAUGAUGUAAAAAAUUAUUUCUUUGAUCCUUUUCAAUUAUUUGUUGGAAAAACCAUUGGAGAACAACCAUUACCUUUAGGAUUCAACGAUCAGAUAAUUCCAGUAUUUCCUAAAGGUAGUGUUAAACAAAUUUUACAUACAAAAGUUGGUGAUGGACCAAAAGUUGUGAAUCAUACAAUUGCUAAUUGA